UCUUGUUUUGUUGCAGGUGUCGGACCACCCGCCUAUGAAUAUCAGACUUAAAUACAUGUUUGCACCAAUACGUGACUCUCAUGACGUUGAAGGCAGUUACAGUGGUCUUUUGGGACAUCAAUAUGUGUCCCAUCCCCACUGGAGUUGAUGCUCGUUGGGUCGGUCCGUGUAUUAAACAGUUUUUGGAGAAGAGUGGCUACUCUGGUCCUCUCACCAUCACUGCCGUUGGCGCACUAAAAGACGUCCCUAAUGGCAUCCUGAGAGAACUCUUUUCCAGUGGAAUCAGUCUUGAUAACGUUGCCUAUGGUUAAUAUCUUCUCAUCCUCUCCUCUUGCUUUUUUUACUGUUUUCCUUGAUAAAUAGAGAGAUUCCUCAAGGCUUUAGUUUCUGAAACAGGUUCAUCAUCCAUUGCGGAUCUUAUUUUCGAGUUUCAAGUUAUGAAUCCACCUCCAGCUAAUAUAAUGGUCAUAUCCGAUCCUAAUAUCUUCCCUUCUGAGAAUUCUGACUGGCUACAAUCGUCGGGAUACAACCUUAUUCAGCCGUAUCCGUAUGAGUCUCUUCAAAGCUUUCUUCCGACAGGUGUGUGUUUGGCCGGAUCUCACAGUGUUGUUGAAAUAACCAGAAAAUCUGUUGCUGAACUGGUUUACCUUUUUUUCCCACAGAUUCAGGGGAACUUGACUGCAGUGAAAUGGGUGAAGAACCUGCCAGCUGGGUUUGCUCAGUAUGCCGUUCCCCUCCUGGCCAAGUGUUUGAGAAUUUCACCACGCAUCUCUCUAGUCAAGUACAUGAACGGAAGACGUUGGGCUGUAGGCCUAGGGACUAGGAAGAUUAACAGAUGCUGGACUGUUUGACUAGGAAUGCUCCCUACCAUGGUGAAGAAUCAACCGAAGGCAAGUUUCAAUAGCUGUGAUAACGUUGGGAUUUUAAAUCUUUAGUUCAGAAUUUUGGGGCUCGAAGGAGCCAAGUUCAAUUGUAACGUUCAACAUACCCCUAGCACACUAAGAUAUAAAGCAAUUUAUAAAACAGUACCACUUUUAAAUUAUUCUUGCAAGAUCUCAAGUCUCAACCCACAAAUAAA